GUGCAUCAUUAUUCCUCUCCGAAUUGUUAUCAUUGUUCAACCACUAUAUGAGAUUUAGUCGUGUUUAUGAAGCUGACAACAUCCUAAAUGUAUAAUGCGACACUGGGGACGUUCAAUAAAAUGGUCUGAGGUGAAGAUCAGAGGGUUUGUGACUUGUCCUGUGUAGUGCGGCGGUAGUUCGCAUCCUUUUUCGCGAUCAGCAUGGAUAGCACUAUUGCAUAUUGAUAUGGCAUCUAUCAAUAAAUAAUAAUUACUGCUGUAUUUUGGGAAGAUUUGCACAGCAAACGGUCUCGUUGUGGUUGAGCCCCAUUAUCAGAAAGCUAAAAUUGAUAUGGCACAAGCAACUGUCGCCCGUGGCGCUGCUCUCAAACAAAUGGCCUGUUUUACCUUCGUAACAGUGUUUUUAUGUGUAUGAUUAACCGUUAUUUUUUGGUAAACUCAGUGCAUGAUCAGAAAAAAGACUUCUUUGAUUGACAAUUUCUCUUCGCGGCCGACUUCCGAUGCUGUUCUGCUUCAUGCAUUUUCAAGCUUGUUUGCUUUUGUUUUUCUCUUCCAUCAGGUUGUCCAGGAGUUCAAUACACUUGUGGCCCUCUAUAGGGAGCUGGUUAUCUCUAUUGGAGAGAUUUCUGCAGACUGUCCCUCUCUUCGCGCGGAGAUGCACAAAACACGCACAAAAGGCUGUGAAAUGGCGCGGACUGCACAUCAAAACCUUUCUGCAAUAUCAGGCCCGGAGGAUGGAGAAAUACAUCCAGAGAUCUGCCGUCUCUUCAUCCAGCUGCAGUGCUGUCUGGAGAUGUACCUGACGGAGAUGCUUAAAUCUGUGUGUCUGCUGGGAUCCCUGCAGCUCCACAGGAAAGGGAGACAUCAUUCAGGAGCAACAAAAGUAGACAGUAAGAAAGAGGACAGCUCUGAUGUUCCCAUACUAGAAGACACUUCCUCCACUCCACCAGACUGUUCGCAGACCUACUUCCUGGUGGUCACGGACAUCGAGAACAUCGAGAGGGACAUGACGGAAAUGAAAAAUCUGUUAAGCAAACUCAGGGAGACGAUGCCUUUACCGCUGAAGAAUCAAGGUGAGAUUUGUGCAUUUUUACAUUUUUUUUGCGCUCUGAAUAUUUUGGGCAAAUAUUACAGAAUAGUUUGUUUGAAGAGAAGGAUUUCUGCAGAGGAGCAAUUCCAUGCAAAUGUCAACACUACCAUGAAAAAAUAAAGAUUUUACCAAACUUUUUAGCAUACUGAUUGACUCGGGUGUCUUGUUUCAUAGUGCAAAUAUCUAAAAAAAAAAAAGAAGAACAUACAAGAGUUAAGUAAAUUUAUGUUAAAAGCAAGGAAAAAAAUCUGUUAAUGAGGUAAGAAAAAUAACAUGAAUUUAGUUUUACCCUUUCCUGUGUAUCUGCUUAUUUUUUCUGUAAAUUUACUUUAAACAACAACUAGUAGGAUUUACUUAAUUUUUUGUGUGAAGUUUUUUUGUGUAAUUUAAGUUUAUUUUUCUUACCCCAUUGGCAGAUUUCUUGCUUGUAUUAAACAUAAACUUAAUUAAUUCUUAUAUUUUCUUUCAUAAAACAAGAUUAAAUAUUUUGAGUCUCUUUCCUCGUCAAGUGAUUUAAGAAUUCUUAGAUGUUUGUACUAGAAAACAAGACAAAAAUGCUUAGUAGGAAUUCAUUUUGUGCAGAUUAAAUAUUUUAGAGUAAGUAGAAAGCCAUCUCCUCUCCAUUUGUUGGUUAUAAUUGUCUCACAAAUUUAUUGUUUUAAUUAUUCUUACAAAAUAUGUUGUUUCUCAAAAACAUGCAUCUUUUUAGUCACAUCCGUAACGCAUUUUAUUUGUUAUCUAAAAACAUGUGAAUUGACCAAUAAUUUUGAUGUCUGGACUCAUCAUCAGGGGGUUUUGUAAAAUGUAAACAGAUAAUUGAAUAUAUUGGUAAUGAAUACAUUCUCUGAGAGCUUAUAUUGGAAGUUUUGACUGAAAAUGUCACAUCUAAUGCUGGAAUUACUCAGAGGAGCUUUAUAUUAGGGAUGCUUUACAUAAUAGAGGGUAUGAACUUGUCCUCACUUUACCACGUGGCAAAACACUCAGCAAAAUGACUGCUUACAAUAUCAGGAAAUGCAAUUCCGCACAGCAUUUCAGUGUCCAGGAACACCGGAUUCCUUUUUAAGUCAUAAGGAAGUCGUAAGGAUCACCGUCGAGUCCAGCUGCUUGUAAUUUCAGCAAAUAAUAGCGUGUUUAUUCAUGGGGCCUCAUUUAUACAACGUGCGUACGCACAGAUUUGAUCGUAAAGCGUGCAUACGCAAAAAUCCACGGCAACGUUCAUAUUUAUGAAACUGGUCUUUAACGCGGAAAAGUGCUUAGCGCCACGUCAGGGUCUGAGCAGACAUACGCACUUUGCUUGUCCGAGUGCUGCAGGUUUUUGGAAAUAUAAGUCAUUGACCUGUCGUUGACAGGUGCUCUUACAUAUAUCAAUGACAUUAAAGGUGGAGUGGUUGAUUUGGAAAGGUGCUAACUUUUUUGAAAUUAUUAUCACACCCUCUAUGUGAUUCGCCGUCCAAAGCCACGCCUCCAAACACAUGAAUGUACUUCGUAAAUCCACGUAACGAAUUACAAACUAAAUCCAUUAAAUUUUUCUCGAAGCAUGUACAAACCUGUCCAAAAGAAAGAGAGCAACCAUGGUAUCGUCUUUCAGACCCUUUGCCUGCCUGAGCUGUCUCCAUCGUGUAAAAACUGAACCGAUGUUAAUUCGAGUUUUUCCUCUUUCAUAAUCCAGAUGUUUUUUGGUCACUGCUUUUCCAAAAACUGACUUUCAUUUGUAGAUUUACUUGUUGUCAGUUCAGCAGUAAAGUUUGAUUGUUGCUGAUUGUCCGCCAUUCUCCCUGCAUUGACACAGCGGACGUGAGCGCGCUGAUGACGUAGGAUGUCUGCGUGAAGAGGGUGCGCAGUGGUAUGCAAAAUACGUUGGCUGAAAAUGUACACAUGACCAGUCACAGCGUUCGGCCAGAACGUUUUGAUUGGGCUAAUGUUUUUUUGGUUCUACUCCUUUCACAGACGAAAUAUAAUUAUAAAAAUAUUAUUAUACUUCUUGAUUGCUAUCAGGAUGUAAAGAGAUUUCUAACCAACACGACAAAAAAUGUUUCUGGACAGGAUCACCCACCAUGCCUUUAAUUAGGCGGAUCUUUAAAUCUUUAAAAGGCGGAGAUCUGAAACUGUUCAGCUGCACGCAAUUUGGCGCUCAUUUGCGAUUUAUAGAUUUCACAUCAGAAUGUUUAAGAAUUGGAAAUGAGUUACCAUUAAUUAUACAUGAGCCGUGGAAAACAUUAAGAGACUGUUUCAAAUGUUAAUUUUAUCAGCAUUUCUAGAUUUUGUGAAGGUAGGUAUGUGGCCAUUCCAGACCAGUGUCUGUUGAAUUUGAACAAAACAAAACCUCAGGAGUGGCAUAAAGUCACAACAGAAACAUGAAAACUGUGAUAAAAAUCCAGAUUAUCAUAUAAAAAAUAUUUGUGUACAUGUACAAAUAUUACUGUUGUAUUGCUUAAAGGUGAAUAUGAACUUGUUUUCUUUGCAGUAUUUGAGUUCUGAAAAAUACAGGGCAUCUUUUCUGUUAUUUGGACCCAUUUCUCCAGGUUUUUUUUUCAUUUUCUAGAAAUAAAUGCAAAGAGAAGCAAACUUUUCAUUUGAAAUUUGUGAUAAUUAUCAUUUUACCUAUACGCAUAAAUAGUAAUUUCAGGAAAAACUGAACAGAAUUUUUAAAUGGUCUGUUAAAUUUUUAUUCAGCGGCUGUAUUGUUAGCUAACAUAUGUGCAUUCAUUGAUUUCUUUUUUCUAUUGUCUAUAUAGAUGACAGCAGUUUGUUGAAUCUAACGCCAUACCCAUUGGUCAGACAAAGAAAGAGGCGUUUCUUUGGCCUCUGCUGUCUGGUGUCCAGUUAAGAGCUCUCCUUGUGUCCAGUCACGAUUGACUGCAUUUCCUCACAAUGUGUGACACUCACCAAUCAACAGUACUACUGCCAUUUCCUAAACCAGUGCUUUCAUUUGGUGAGUGCUGUCCAGUUUCUCACUGCUAUGAGAAGAAAUAGAAGAAAUACCUUGAACAGUCAUAAAAACGAAUAUUAUAUAUCACCAAUACAACAGAUUUUCAUUUUUAAGUAAAUGUAUGUUCGUCCACAUUACGCUUAGCAAAGAUAAUGGUUCAUAGUACAAGUAUCUACUAUGUUUGUCCUAUUCAAUUGUUACCGUAGCUGAGUAUGACACAAGGCUCUGUUAUGUUAUUGCACAAUACAUAUGCUGUGCUUUUUGUCAAGACAGAUGUUGUUAUGAGGAGUUCAAGACUGCAAAUUCCAGCUGAGGUUACACUAUGUAGUUUUACUGCUGAACAUGUAUGAUGCUUAUUUUUUUAUUAAAUUAUCACGGAGGCAAAACAAGACCGCGCAACAUGAGCGAAUGUGGAAUCUGUUACCAUGUUUUUACUACAGUAUUAUUUAGUCUUCCAUAAACCGAAAAUCCUGUAAUUCUUUUCUUUUCAUUUGAGUCUUUAGGAGUAUAAAAUACCUGAAGAAGCCUUUGUAAAUAAAGAAUAUAUCUAUACAUGGAAAUUGUAGAGUUGUACAUACACAAUGUAAACCUAGCCCUCUGAAUUAUUUUUCAAAACUGUGAUUCUUUUAAAGAGAUUGUCAGUGAAGUGUGGCAUGUCUAUCCAUCUGGUGUGAUAUAAGUCCAGAUUGGAGGGGCUCAGCAUGGGUCUUGCUUAUUAAUAACGGUUCUAAUUGUGUCAGGCAUGGUGCAGAUACUGUAGUGUUUAUGAAAAGGCGCAGUGUCGUUUUACAUGGGUAAUAAACCUUUUUUUAUUGAUUUAACAAAACGGCCAGUAUGCGUCUUGUAUUUUAUUUAAUGCACAAAAAAGCAGUAAAUAGCAGGUGGUAUACAAAAACAAAAUGGCAAAAGUACAUUUACUCAACGUAUAAAAAAUACUAGUUCUAGGAAAUCUGGCUUCUAUUCUGUUCUCAAGUGCCACAAAUACAGCCGUCAUGUUUGUAUAAUUUAUCAGAGGUUUGACAAUAACAUUUUUAUCAAUGUAUUAACAUAUAAACCAUCUGAAGAUCCUCUAUCAGAGCUUUAAUAUGACCUCCUCCAUUAAAAGAGCAAAAACAGCCUCUCAGAAUAAACAUCACAUUUGGAUCUCAGUCAGCUGUGGGUAAUUGGAUAUGUUUGCAAAUUAAUAGGAUGCUUGCGAAAUCUGCACCUGGCAGCGGUUCCUACCCUUUACUUUCUCACAACAAUAGUGAAGCUGUAAUGGAGGACGUACAAAAAUCGUUCACAAGGACACUUAAUCAUUUGGCCGUAACGCUGAAACUGGACAGGCUGUCAGGAGUUUGGCAGGGAGUAUAGAGAUGGAUGAAUACGACUGUGUUCAAGGCCAAAACAAGUUUGCAGAAAUGAACAGCAAUGUUGGUUUGUGUACAUUAAUGCAGUAAUGUAGUAGUAAGUAAAUUAUUAAGUAAUAAUAUUCUCCAUACGAAUCACCAAGCCUCAAAGGAAUAGUUCACCCACAAAUACAAUUCUGUAAUUGUUCACCUUCAUGUCUUUUAAAACUUGUUUUCUUUUUAUUAGGACAGAAGUAUAUACAGUACUUCACAACUCGUUUGUAUUUCACAGAAGAAAGUCAUGUGGGUUUACGUUUUGUACUUUAGGUAAAUGCUGCUGGCAUAAUUUCCAUUUUUCAUUCAACUAUUCAUUAAACUUUUCAAAAAGCAAACAACCUCAGAGUUAUUUGCCA